AUGGCGUCUUCCACUGGCACUCCCAAAGUAACCUCGGUCGUUGACCUGCCCUCCUCAGAUGCAAAAUGGGUCAAACUACAAAAGGCCACAUAUGUCGACGCCAAAGGCAAAGAACGCAUCUGGGAAAUUGCCUCUCGGAAAACGACAGGAUCCGCCGGCGUGGACGCCGUCGCAAUGGGAAACAUCAUCUACCACCCCAGCAAACCCCCCUCUACAAUCGUUGUCAUCCAAUUCAGACCACCGGUUGGUGGCUUCACGGUAGAAUGGCCUGCGGGCCUCAUCGAUGCAGACGAGAAGCCUGAAGAAGCUGCCGUACGUGAACUCUAUGAGGAAACAGGUUACAAGGGGAAAGUGAUUUCGACUUCUCCACCUGUGGCUGCGGAUCCAGGGAUGACGUCUGCAAAUCUGUGUUUGUGCAUGGUAGAGAUUCAUUUGAAUGAGGGCGAUCCGGAGCCAGAGCAGCAUCUCGACGAAGGGGAAGACAUCCAGAGAGUGAAUAUCCCUAUUGCCGAACUGUAUGACAGGCUGGAGGAGUUUGCCAAAGAGGGGUAUGUUAUUGCGGCGAAGUUGUAUCAUUGGGCUGCCGGGGCACAGUAUGCUAUUGAUCAUCCAGAGUUGUUUGCAAGGCUUGGAAAGAAGGGCCAGUGA